AUGGCGGAUGCCGCAGCUGGUGGCGGUGCGGUAUGGCGAGGCGCGCCCCGCCAGCACGAGGGUGCUGACGGCGGCGCCAAGGCACCCAUCAUCGGCAGGGUCAUACUGCACAUCGACCUGGACUGCUUCUACGCCCAAGUAGAGCAGCUGCGCCUGGACAUCCCGCGCGACACGCCUUGCGCGGUACAGCAGUGGAACGGCCUGAUCGCCGUCAACUAUGCGGCCCGCGCCGCCGGCAUCACCCGCCACAUGCGCGUCCCAGACGCCGUCAAGGCCUGCCCCGGGCUCCGCCUCGUGCACGUUCAGACCAUCGGCGGCGAGGGCGCGUCUGACGGCGCGGAGAGCGCUGCGGCGGCGGCGCAGCGCGGGAGCACAAAGGCAUCCAUUGACGAGGCAUAUGCUGACAUCAGCAGGGUGGCAGCUGCCGAGCUGGCCAAGUUGCAGGCCGGCGGGCAGGAGGGCGCAGCCGCCGCGAUGCGGCAGGCUGCUGAGUGCAGCUGCCUGGAGGGCGGCCCGCUGGAGCCCGACGCCGCCUGCGACGCACUGCUGGCCGCGGGCGCGCUGGUCGCGGCGCGUGUGCGCGCGCAGGUGCUGGAGCGCCUGGGCUUCACAUGCAGCGCGGGCGUGGCGGGCAACAAGCUGCUCGCCAAAAUCGGCUCUGCGCGCAACAAGCCCAACAAGCAGACCGUGGGCAUGCCGCUGUCGAAGAUUAAGGGCCUGGGCGGAAAGCUGGGGCAGCGGCUCACGGACGGCCUGGGCGCCACGGCCGCGGGCGAGGUGGCGGCGGCGCCUUGGCAGCAGCUGGUCGGGCUGCUGGAGGACCGCGCAAGCUGCAAGUCGUUCGAGCCCACCAGCGACAAGGCCAAGCUGGCCGGCUGGAUCAAGGCGCGCUGCUGA